CGUGACGUCACGGGGCGGGAGACGAGGUGGAGCAGCAGCAGCAGGAGGAGGAGGAGGAGACGUCGUAGAGAUGGCGGCGGUCCGUGGUUCUGGCUCUCGGCGGCAGCUGCCGCGGCUUCUGCUGCUGCUGCAGGCGACGGCGGUCGCCAUGGGCGGCAUGGCGAACGCCUUGACAGCCUUCACGUCGGCCUCGUCGAUGGAGAAAGCGCAGGGGGAGACGGUGGUGCUGGACUGCACCUGGACGGUCGACCCGACGGACACCGGGGUCCUGGACGUGGAGUGGUUCCUGCAGGCGCCCACUACGAACAUCUACGUGGCCACGUUCGCCGGGGGCAAGGAGAACAUCUACCCGGACUUCGCGUCCCGCGUGCGCUUCGCCCGCAACGUGACGCAGAGGGACGCCUCGCUGCAGAUCGCCGGGCUGCGAGCGAGCGACGACGGCGCCUACACGUGCAAGGUGAAGGUCGGCAUGCUCAUCAAGCAGGUGCCCAUCAAGCUCACCGUGCUGGGCAUGGCGAACGCCUUGACAGCCUUCACGUCGGCCUCGUCGAUGGAGAAAGCGCAGGGGGAGACGGUGGUGCUGGACUGCACCUGGACGGUCGACCCGACGGACACCGGGGUCCUGGACGUGGAGUGGUUCCUGCAGGCGCCCACUACGAACAUCUACGUGGCCACGUUCGCCGGGGGCAAGGAGAACAUCUACCCGGACUUCGCGUCCCGCGUGCGCUUCGCCCGCAACGUGACGCAGAGGGACGCCUCGCUGCAGAUCGCCGGGCUGCGAGCGAGCGACGACGGCGCCUACACGUGCAAGGUGAAGGUCGGCAUGCUCAUCAAGCAGGUGCCCAUCAAGCUCACCGUGCUGGUGAAGCCGUCCCAGCCCAGCUGCGUGGUGAACGGUUCGCUGCAGCUGGGCAAGGACCUGUCGCUGCAGUGCCUGUCCACGGAGGGCACGUCGCCCAUCAGCUACCAGUGGAGGAAGACCAGCGGGGAGGGGACGUUGCCGCCCGUGGUUGGAGGAACGCUGCCCAUCAAGAACGCGAGCGUGAGCCACUCCGGGAUGUACCAGUGCAAUGCCACCAACCGUGUGGGAUGGCAGUCGUGCGUCGUCCUGCUCUCCGUCGUACCCCCGAGCAGUAACGCCGGCGGUGCGGGCUCCGUCAUCGGCGUGCUGCUCGUCGUCGCAGUGGUCGGCUUCCUCGUCUGGUUCCUGCUGCGCCAGCGCAAGGGCAAGCCGGUGCAGGACCGAGACUACCACAACGACAUCCGCACCCGCACCUCCAUCGGCUCGGCGACGCCCUCCAACGGCCUCCUGGCGCUCCGCUCGGCCCCGCCCGGGCCGUCGGGCCCUGGCGGGCCGCCCUACGAGCGAGCGGACGGCCGUGGGAGGGCGGGGGCCUUCCCCAGCGUGAGGGAGGAGAGCGAGAUCAGCGGCGGCGGCGGCGGCGGCGGACCGGCCUACGAGAGCGUCGCUCACGACGACGACGACUACGACUCGGAGGACUGA